AUGAAGGUCAAGAUAGAACCUUACGACCCCCAAUGGGCGCUCACCUAUAUCGAAAUCCGACAGCAACUCCUACGUAUCUUGAGAGGCGUAGCCCUAGUAUCCAUUGAGCAUGUGGGAAGUACAUCCAUCCCCAUGCUUAAGGCCAAACCAGUGCUCGACAUCGACAUUGUUGUACAUCCUUCUUCUCUUGAAGCCACUCGCCAUGCGCUUGCGAACGGGAAAUACACCGAUUGUGGGGAAAUGAACGUACCGGGACGGUUCGUCUUCCGACAACCAGGUUAUGGACGGUUAGAGGCAGCUCAUGGAUUUGGCAAGAACGGGGAGCAGCGUUACAAUACCUACGUUAUGCUCGAAGGCUGCACGUCCCUGAGGAAUCAUCUUGAUAUGAAGAGAGUACUUCUGGAGAAUCGAGAGCUACGAGAAGAGUAUGGACGUGUCAAAAGCAAAUUGGAGGAGAGAGAUUUCGAUAAUAUUGGCCACUGUGGCAUUAUGACAUGA